GAGGAGGGCGCGGAGCGGGGCCGGGCAGGGGGGGCCCCGCAGGGCCCUCGGGGGAGCGGGAGCUCCCGUGCGGCCGUACCCACAUGGAGGCUUUCCCCGGCGGCAAGCUGGAGCAGCACCGGCACCUCCCGGCCGUGGAGUGCCUGCCGGGCGCCCGCUACGGCGGCCGGAGCCACAGCGCCUGCGGGAACGUGUUCAACUCCUGGAACGAUUACCUGGGGCUGGCCACGCUCAUCACGAAAGCCGUGCGUCCCGGUAAGGGCUUCGGCGCCGAGCCGCCCUCGGUGGUGGUGGCGGCUGCUGUGCCGCCGGCGGAGGAGGAGGAAGAAGAAGAGGAAGAGGAGGAAGAAGCGGCGGGGCCGUACUUCGAGGGCGCGCUGGACUUGCACGACCUGGACCUGUGCGGGCAUCAUCACCACCACCACCACCAUCAUCACCACCACAGCGAGGGGCUGCUGGAGGAGCGCUUCGCCGACUUCAGCCCGUUCCCCGGUCGCGGCGGUCCCGCCGCUGUGGUGUUGGACUGCUCGGGGGAGCUGCCGGUCCGGGAGGGCUCCGGCCACGCGUGGGGCGGUGUAGUGGUAGCGGGGCGGCUGCCGGCGCACCCGCGGGCCGCCUCUCGCCUGCUCAAGCCCGAGCUGCAGGUCUGCGUCUUCUGCCGGAACAACAAGGAGGCCGUGGCUCUCUACACCACCCAUAUCCUCAAGGGACCCGACGGCCGCGUCCUGUGCCCGGUGCUGCGCCGCUACACCUGCCCCCUCUGCGGCGCCAGCGGCGACAAUGCCCACACCAUCAAGUACUGUCCCCUCUCCAAAAUGCAGGCGGCCCGGCAGCUCAAACACGCCCGGACCGCGCUGGGCAAGAAGGGCCGUUAGGUGCCGGGACCCCGACGGCCGCCUCCCGCUCCUGCCCAUUGGGGUUUUGGUCUUUGGAGUCUUCCCCCCCACACACACACACACCACCUCACACGUCGGUGUAUUGAAGGCCGGGCCGGGGUCGGUGCGCGCUGGUCGGUGCGGAGCCCGGCGCGGGGCCGCGGGGAUCGCGCAGCGUAGACGCACUGUGUUUGGUUAUUGUAAGAAAAAAAAUAUAUAUAUAUGUGAUUUUUACGGAAA